UAAAUACCAAAAGGUUCUGCGUAUUCCUCAUUAGAGUUUCAGUUUUACUGCUGUGAACAAGCAACUCAACGGACAACAUGAAACUCUUCCUGGUCGCCUUCGCCGUGAUCGCAGCCGUGGCUGCCGAUGUCAGCCACCUGCCCUCCAACGAGUACCUGCCUCCCGUCCAGGAGCAGCAGAUCAUCGCUGGCCCCAGCAACGAGUACCUGCCCCCCGUGGAGGCUGAGGCCGAGCCCGCCCACGAGCUGGCUGCUGAUGGAUACCGCUACAAGACCCACAAGCGCGUGGUGCUCCGCCGCCACCGUCGCGAUGUCAACGAGCUGUCCAACGAGUACUUGCCCCCUGUCCAGGAGGCCGUGGCUCCUUCCAACGAGUACCUGGCUCCAGUUGAGGCUGCUUCCGAGACUGUCCUGGCUGAUGAUGGCUACCGUUACAAGACCCACAAGCGCGUGGUUGUCCGUCGCCACCGUCGCGAUGUGAACGAGCUGUCAAACGAGUACCUGCCCCCUGUCCAGGCUGCCGCUCCUUCCAACGAGUACCUGCCCCCAGUUGAGGCUGAGGCUGAGCCCGCCCACGAGCUUGCCGAUGAUGGCUACCGUUACAAGACCCACCGUCGUGUUGUGCUCCGUCGCCACCGUCGUGAUGUGAACGAGCUGUCCAACGAGUACCUGCCCCCUGUCCAGGAGGUCGCUGCAGUUGAGGCUGAGCCCGAGACUAUCUUGGCUGAUGAUGGCUACCGUUACAAGACCCACAAGCGCGUGGUUGUCCGUCGCCACCGCCGCGAUGUCAACGAGCUGUCCAACGAGUACCUGCCCCCUGUCCAGGAAGUCGCCGCUCCCUCCAACGAGUACUUGGCUCCCGUUGAGGCUGCCCCCGAGACCGUUCUCGCCGAUGAUGGCUACCGUUACAAGACCCACAAGCGCGUGGUUGUCCGCCGUCACCGUCGUGAUGUGAGCCACCUGCCCUCCAACGAGUACCUGCCCCCUGUCCAGGCUGCCGCUCCAUCCAACGAGUACCUGCCCCCUGUGUCCGCCCCCGUCCAGGUUGCUGCCCCCGCUCCCGCUCCAGUCCAGAUCGCCGCCCCCGUCCAGCUGGCCGCUCCCGCUCCCGUCGAGGUUGAGGCUGAGCCCGCCCAUGAGUUGGCUGAUGAUGGCUACCGCUACAAGACCCACCGUCGCGUGGUCUACCGUCGCCACCGUCGUGACGUGAACGAGCUGUCCAACGAGUACUUGCCCCCUGUCCAGGAGGUCGCUGCAGUUGAGGCUGAGCCCGAGACUAUCUUGGCUGAUGAUGGCUACCGUUACAAGACCCACAAGCGCGUGGUUGUCCGUCGUCAUCGUCGCGAUGUCAACGAGCUGUCCAACGAGUACCUGCCCCCUGUCCAGGAAGUCGCCGCUCCCUCCAACGAGUACUUGGCUCCCGUUGAGGCUGCCCCCGAGACCGUUCUCGCCGAUGAUGGCUACCGCUACAAGACCCACAAGCGUGUGGUUGUCCGUCGCCACCGUCGCGAUGUGAACGAGCUGUCCAACGAGUACCUGCCCCCCGUGCAGGAGGUCGCCGCUCCCUCCGCCGAGUACCUGGCCCCCGUGGAGAACACCGUCGAGGUGGCUCCCGCCCAUGUCCUGGCUGAUGAUGGCUACCGCUACAAGACCCACAAGCGCGUUGUGAUCCGCCGCCACUAAACCAUGCGAUAACGGCUUCACUAGGUGAUCGAUUUGUGCUCAUUUUGGAGUGCAGGCCCUACUAUUAGAAUACCUCCUUUUCAUUCAAACAAAUACAAUAAUACGAUAACGAAUCCAUAAA